GAAGAUAACUCUUGCAUUCUGUAGCCAGCAACCGGUGGCUUAUUCCAAACAUGAAUAAAUCCACAUACUUGUUUGGCAAAAGAAAUUUAUGAAUUUUUUUUCUUGAACAAAUGUCAUAUUUCAAUUUUUUUUGUCAAUCUUAAAGAACAAAUCUGCAAAUAGAGCUUACUAUUUCUUAUUCAUGAUAGAGAGUUAAGAGUUACUGUGGGACAGGUCAAAUGAGUUCAGUUUGAUUUGUUGAGGGGACCUACUGUAUUCCAUCAGCAUUUUGAAAAACAGAAAGCUGACAGGAAACAAUAAGCUAAAUUUAGAACACAAAACAAAAUCUUCGACUUCUAAAUGAACAGGAGAAGAAAUGGGUGUACUGAAGUUGUCCUGGAGAGAAAUUCACAUAAUUUUAAUUUUUCUAGAUGUUCUCUCCAUGUUUCAUCUAGGAUCAGUAGCAAAGUAAGGUGCUAACUGUAGGGGACAUGAGUACUCUUAGGUGUGUAGCACAAGGUUGCCAUCAUCAACCACCCAAGUCUGAGUCUCACUUGUACCUUCAUUACAGAAGUGUGUAGGAAUGUUGAAGAAAGGUCCAACCAUGUGCGCAAAAUUCAGGUUGCGACUAUAGGUGCUCUCCUACUUAGCAGUGGAUGGUGAUGCUGUAGUUCUUUCCUUGAUGUCCCCCACCAAUCCACCAUCCUACUCCAAAGAGAAGCUACUGGGCUACUGGCCCAGGUCAGGGAGGGAGCAAGCAUGAGAAGUCCAGGUCCCUACUGUUCCUGAUGGAAAGAAGGGACACCAAAGGCAAGCAUUUCCCAAAAGCACAGUGCAUUCCCCCAAGCAUGCCCACACCUCCAUCAUGAAAGUGCCCCCUCUCGUGCCUCCCUCUCCCAUUUCCUUAUGGUGUCAGAUCAUCUCCACUCUCACUCCCGAAGAGUCUGUUCAGCAGUCUGCUACAAUGAAUAUAUUACUGUUUGAAACUUUUGGGUCUCGUACCAGGUACAAAUGAGGAGACAUCAUGGUACUAAUUACCUAUACAAUUCUUCUUUUGCUUGUGUUAUGGACAAGAAUAAGCUAGGGUACAAGAGAAGUGAUGCUCUUCAAGAGCUUGAGAUGCUGACAGUGAAUGCCAAAGAAGCCCAAGAGCUCAUACUGACAAAAAUCCUCGAGAGGAAUCAGGCUAGUGAGUACUUGAGCAAAUUCAUGAAUGGAUCCACAAACAUUUCCACCUUCAAUAGAAACGUUCCAGUAGUGACAUAUGAUGUGGUCCAGCCCUACAUUGCGAGAAUCUCAACUGGUGAGGAUUCUUCAAUCAUAUGUGGAGACAGAAUUGUAGAACUGCUAAGAAGUUCUGGAACUUCUCGGGGUGAGCCAAGAUUGAUGCCGGCCAUCUCUGAGGAUCUUGACCGUCGAACCUACCUCUAUAGUCUGCUGAUGCCUAUAAUGAACAAGUAUGUAUCGGGCCUUGGUGAGGGGAAAGCCAUGUAUCUUCUCUUUGUGAAAGCUGAAACGCUGACGGAUUCUGGCAUUCCGGUUCGAUCAGUCCUCACUAGCUAUUACAAGAGUCCUCACUUCCUGCACCGCAAACAUGACCUGUACAACAACUACACCAGUCCUGAUGAGGUUAUUCUUUGCCCUGACAGCCAACAGAGUAUGUAUUGCCAGUUGCUCUGUGGCCUCAUUGAACGACAUCACGUCCUCCGCCUCGGGGCAGUCUUUGCCUCAGCGUUCCUUCGUUCCAUCAGCUUUCUUGAGCAGCACUGGCGUGACCUUGUUAACGACAUACGGAUUGGUAAACUCAAUUCAAAUGUCACGAACAAUGCGUGUCGUUUGGCCAUGGUGGGCUUUCUUGCAUUGCCAAACCCGGAGCUAGCUGAUGAGCUCGAGGAAAUAUGCAGCUGUGGGCCAUGGAAGGGGAUUCUAGGCAGGCUAUGGCCUAAUGUCAAGUACAUCGAAGCUGUUCUUACUGGCACAAUGGCACAAUACAUCCCUAUGCUGGAGUUCUAUAGUGGUGGUAGGAUUCCCUUGGUAUGCACCAUGUACGCUUCCUCGGAGAGCUAUUUUGGUGUCAAUCUGAGGCCAUUGUGUAACCCAACCGACGUGUCUUACACCAUCCUCCCAAACAUGGCCUACUUUGAGUUCAUACCUUUGGAGGAUGGCCUCAGAGUGACGGAUGAUGAGGAUGUGGUGGAGAAUGAUAAGCUUGUCAGCCUGGUGGAUGUCAAGGUCGGAUGCUACUAUGAGCUUGUGGUUACCACAUUUUCUGGUCUUUACAGGUACAGGGUUGGCGAUGUUCUUCAGGUCACAGGCUUCUACAACUGUGCACCGCAGUUCAAAUUCAUCUGCCGGAGGAACGUCAUCCUCAGCAUCGACUCCGACAAGACCAACGAGGAGGAUCUCCACAACAGUGUCACCCGUGCCAAGAAAAUCCUGGAGGAUCGAAACUACAUCCUCCUCGAGUACACCAGCUACGCAGACACCUCCACCGUCCCUGGCCACUAUGUGCUCUUCUGGGAGAUCAAGUCCACAUGCGAAGGCGGGGCGCCUCUCGAUGCGCAGCUCCUCGAGAGCUGCUGCACCGCUGUCGAGGAGUCGCUCGACUACAUCUACAGGCGCUGCAGAGCCCAUGACAAGUCAGUAGGCCCCCUGGAGAUACGGCUGGUUGAGGCCGGUGCGUUCGAUGCUCUGAUGGAUCUGUUGGUUAGUCAAGGGAGCUCCAUCAACCAGUACAAGACACCAAGGUGCAUAGAGUCUGGUCUUGCCCUGAAGGUGCUCAACUCCAAGGUCAUUGCUUCUUUCUUCAGUCCCCGGGAUCCUCAAUGGACUAUGUAAACAUUUCAGGGUUUACGAGAGCAGAGAGCUUCAAUUUCAGUCUGAUCAUACCAACCGUGCUGCUUGGAUGAGAGCAUUUCUGCUGGCUUAGCUUUUCUUGGAGAAUCAUUAGCUUGUUUGUUUUACCAUGGUACUAUGAUUGUUGAUCUGAAGUCUGAACUGAACGGUGGUAUGUUCCUGUUGCGAUGUUGUUACUAUAAUUGUUCUACAUAAACGUAAUACAGUGGCCUCUUCCAGAUCCUGAGUUGGUAAAAAAAUACAGAUCUUUUUCAAUUCAAA